AAAUCAAACAAAGUAGUUCGAGAUUAGCAAUGUUUACAAGAUGGUGGCCUGUGAUGGUUGGUAGGGACGCGAGAAACACUUGACCGGGAGCAGAAUUAGAGUUGGAUCCUUACACAACAUUGUGACGGUCGCCACUUACUACUAAGAUGAGUGUCUCCCAUGAUGAGGAUCACUUUGACUUCAACAAGCUGGAGCGGGAACUAAAGGCUGCUGUGACAGCUGAUGAAAAGUACACCAGGGAAAAUGAUGCUAAAAUCCGAGCUGUUCAUCAAAAAGUUGCCAGCUAUGAUGAAUUCAGGGAAAUAGUUAUGGCAUCACAUCUGAAACCCCUUGAGAAAGGGGACAAGAUCGAAGGCAAGUUUGUACAGCCAUGGAACAUGCAUGCAGACAAGAAAAAACACCCACAGCAUUCCAAGGAUUCGGAAACAAAAGAGGGACCAACCAAAGUGCCUCAAAACAGCCAGGAAUUUGUGAGAGAAUGGAGGAGACUGGCGUUGGACAAGAAAUACCACUUCCUCACCGAAAUUGGGCCACAAAAGUUGGAAAACAUUUUUAAACCUGAAAUAAGUUUUGGGUUGCUUGGUGAUUUUCUUGUAGUUUUGCUGGAAGGAUCACAGGAGGAGCUACACAUUGUGCUGAACAUUCUGGAAGCUUUCAGUCGGACCAAUCGGUUCAGUCUCUCUUUCCAGUUCAUGAGUUCGAAGGAAAAGGAAGCUUGUGAAAAACUGUUUCAAAAACUUGAAGGCCUGAAUGAAUGUUCUGACAGGAUAACAUCUUUAAGAAGUGUUUAUUGUUUGAAGAAAUAAAACUGUAUGAAAAAGC